CUUUUUGGUUGAUUUUAGUAGGAGCAAUUAAACGCAUUUGUUUUGGGCGCUUCGGAGGGGGUUCGUUGGACUCUGUGACAUUUCGUAUCUGUGAUGGCGGCAAAAUGAUAUCGUUUUGAAUUUGACCGGCUUCUGCUCCGCUAAUUAAAGAAUUAGUACAAAUCUGUUCAGGUACAUUUUCAUUUAGUUCCCUGGGUAAAUUUUGUCCAAUCGCUUCACUGUACUGAACUAAAUGUCUUUUCCUUAUAUGUUUCACCAAUGUUGUAGUAUUUCCUACGUAUUUAUAUACAGAUGAACACAAUUUGCAUUUAACUUUGUUAUUAUCUUUAUUUUUAUCAAAUAAUUGCCAAAUGACACUUCUUUUAUUUGGCGCCAUUACGAACAAAACACAAAACAAAACAAAAAAGUCCGGUCACGAGCGGAUCGCUAACGGUCAAUCAACUAAUAAAAUUAAACAACAAAAUGUCAAUGGUUUAGUUUUUAAAUAAUUGCUUAAUUUAUAUUAUAGCAAGUUAUAGUUAUAAAUAGUUAUAAAUAGUAGUAGUUAUAAAUAAAAUAAACGAAAUAAAUAUAAAAGAAAAAAAAUGUCAAUCAAAAUAAACAUUCAACGCAGUUUUUCAUUCGCGCAAUUCCGUUUCCGUUCCGAUCCUGGCCGAGCGAGCCCGACUCAACCCGAGUUCUAUAAUCUAUUCGAGUCGAUACGAGUACGAUGCAACACCUUACGAACGGCGCGCGCGCGUGUGUAUCGUAACAUAAUAAAUAAUAAUUCACUCAACUCGAGUUGAUGCGAGUUGCAACGCCUAACGAACCGCGCGCGCGAGCCGCGUGUGUAACUCGGAACAACUCGCGUGUGUAACAGCCUGGCCACGGGACAUUCGCCAUAGCGAAAAUUCGCGCGGUGCGAACGACGAGGCGUCUUGCGACUAAAAUAAAUGUAUAGAAAUGUACGGAUCAAGCCACGCGCAGCGGCGAGUGGCGAAGCGACCGGCGAAAUUUACCGAGCGAAUCGCGCGGGCGACUGGCGACGCGGCGGGCGACUGAAACAAAGGCAUGAAUCAGUACGACGCAAGCCACGGAGUCGAGCGGCAGUCGCGGCGAAUAGUAUAAGAAACAAAAUAUUUUAGUCGUUUUCGCCGCGAAAAAUGAAUACGGAAAUUUUUAUUGCUGAAAUACUUGCUAGACCAGCUAUUUGGAAGUCUGGCCACCCACAGCAUAAAUUCAAAAACGUAAUGAAAAAAUUGUGGGAAGAAAUAAAAAUAAAAUUUUCUGAAUGUGAAGGUAAGUAGCAAUUUUUUUAUUCAUAGUUACAAAUAAUUAGUCAAUAGGUUACAAAGUAGUCUUUGAAAUUAUUUCUUAUGUUUAUAGCUUGUGACGUAGCUCGAUUAUUCCGCCGAGACGCUAUAACUUGAUUAGAUGUAGAUCUAGAACUCAUGUACCGUCUAAAAUCGGGAUCACUGUUUCCAUCUUUUUCUCUUACAAUAUUAUGUAGUAGACAUCCAACCUUAAUAAUUAGUUUUGCAUGUUUAGUGUCUGUUUCGAUUGCUUUGAGGAAAAUUCGCCACUUAUUGGUCAUUAUACCAUACGCACACUCAAUUGUCACUCGAGCUCUUGACAACCUCUUAUUAAAAACUCUUUUCGAGUCAUCUAAACCACUGGACGGAAAGGGUCGCAUUAGAUACGUUUUUAGUGGAUAGGCUUCGUCGCCUAUUAGGACAUGUGGCAGUAAAAUAUUUGACCCAGGUAAUGUUCUUGGCGGUGGCAUAUUAAAUUGAUUGUUAGUAAGCAAUUCAUUAAAUUUUGAAAAAUGAAACGUGCCUCCGUCACUUUGUUUUCCUUUUCCACCAAUCUCAAUCACAGAAAAUUUAUAAUCUGCAUCAGAAACUGCUUGUAGGACCAUUGAAAAAAAUUUUUUAUAAUUAUAAUAUUGGCUACCGCUCCGUGGUGGCUUCUGUAUGCGAAAAUGUUUUCCAUCAAUGGCUCCUAUGCAAUUAGGGAAUUGCCAUCUAGAAAAAAACAUGUCUGAAAUUUUUCUUAAAUCUUCACUUGUUAAUUUUGGUGACAUAUGCUGUAUAACCAACUUUUUCCAAAUUGCCUUUAAAGUUUGAUAUAUCGUUUUGGCGACGGUGCUUCGGCCUAGAGAGUAUGACUGAGCCAGAGAUUUAAAAGUCAUCCCAACAGAGAGAAAUCUGAAAAACAAAAGAUUUUCUUUUUAUGUACCUACACAUUUACUCUCGUGCAUUUAUAUUUAUUAUUUUUUCAAGUGCCUAACUUCUAUUUUAUACUAGAUUUCAUUUCACCCGCGGCUACGUCCGCGUGGUUUUUGUUUCCCUUGGGAAUUUUCUUUCCCGCGGGAAUUUCGGAAUGAAAUGGAGCCUAUGUCACUCUCAGGGCCAUAAACUAUCUCUAUGCAAAAAAUCACGUCUAUCCGUUGCUCCAUUAAGGAAGGACAUACCAACAAACACGCAUUUAUAAUAUUAGUAAGGAUUUAAAUUAAACCUUUUUUUUUCAGUCAGCGAUCUCAAAAAGAAAUGGAAGAACCUGAGGGACACAUAUAGUAAAGAAUUAAAGAAAAUGCCUAAAUCCCGGUCGGGUGAUUCAUCUUCGAAUUAUGAACCAGCCUGGAAAUACUUCACGCUACUAGGAUUUUUGAAAGAUGAGUACAUGCCUUUAACUGCCGAAUCAAACUUAGACGAAGGAGACAGUGAAAUAAUAAUCGACUACGGAGACGAUCAUGAUAUAGCUGUUGAAGUUUUAAAUGAAGUGAGGUCACCUUCUCCUAGUCGUACAUCUUCACCGAUUGAACCCUCUACAUCUAGUUAUCAAAGUUCAAAAAAAAAACGACAAAAUAUACAAGAUAUUCGAGCAGAAUAUUUAGAGAUUGAGAAAAAAAAACUAAAAAUUCUAGAAAACGAUAUCUCUAAAAAUAUACCUCUUGACAGUGAAAAAAAAACUGAUGAUUACUAUUUUUUAAUGAGUAUUUUGCCUGAAAUGGAAAAACUGCCUCCUACGCAAAAACUCAGGUUAAGAAAUAAAAUUAACCAGGCUCUUUUAGAAGAAAUAACUGUCACGAUAUACGGCGAACCUUAUGGGCGAUGUUGUUACUCGUCUCAACCAAACCAACUAAAUAAUGUUAAUAACGAAUAGAGUACCUAUAUAGUUAACAUCGAAAAGGCUAUAUGAUUAUAAUAAUGACUGAAGUGAACAUAAAAGGCUGAUUAAAAAGUAAAAAGUUAUAAUAUUUUAGUUGUACGAAGAGUUAAAGUCAUAUAAUUUAGAUUGUUUCAAUAAAUAACAUAAUUGUC